AUGGAGGACAGGCCCUGGUACGACCUCGGAAUGGUGCACAUGAAGGUGCACCAUGCCUCAGCAAUCUUACUGAGGAAUUUGACAGUGGCGCACACAGGCAUAGGACUUAUCCAGGAUCCCUGGGUAGUGAAGGGUGCCAUAAGGGGACUAGGUAACUUAUUGUUAGUCUGUUUCAGGAACCCAAAGGAGCAGAGGCCAAGAGCCUGCAUCGCAGUCAAGGGAGUGAACGUGCUGCCGCUACUGGACUUCGCCACAGGGGACCUAAUGGCAGUUCAAACAGAGUUAGAAGACGUAGGACGGGUCGUGAUAGCUUCCGCCUACCUACCGUACGAUAGUACAGACAACCCGACAAGGGAAGUCCAAAGGUUAGUGGAACACUGCAUGCUUAACACCAAUGCUAGGGGAGUUAGACUACUUGAUUAUCUCGCGGGAACAGACCUAGAGAUAAUGAACGUUGGUAACACACCCACAUUCAGGAACGCUGCUAGAGAGGAAGUGAUAGACCUAACUCUGUCAUCCACCAAGAUAGCGUAUCUGAUCGGCGAAUGGCGAGUGAGCGACGAACCAUCGUUGUCGGACCACUCGCUGAUCAUAUAA